AUGAAGAAGCUAAAAAAUAAUAAAAGAGAAGCCCAUUAUUUCCCUUCUCCCGCACUCACAGCUUUCUCAGCCUUAAUACACGCUCUCUUCGCCGCCGGGCCACCACUUGCUCCGCCACUUCAAAUGGGAAUUCUUGAUUUGGAAAUUAAUAAAUAUAGUGACAUUAUUGCACAUGGUAUUGCAGAGGGAACACACCAUUUUGUAGUCAAGAGUGCCGGCAAGAACAUAUCGAAAUGGAUGAAGCCACCGAAAAAAGAUGGAAACUUUCAUCCUCAAAGAAUAUACUCGGAAUCUGCAGCUAAAGAGUCCGACACUAAGAAAGUUCUUAGGACAGGGACGACUGUGGUUGUUGCCUAA